AUUGAAUAUCUCUAUAACCAACACUAUUGUCUCGUUCAAAAACCUCUCUGGGAGAGUUUGUAUGAUCUCCAUGCCAUCAUGCCGGAAGGUAGGAUGGAUCCACGACUUGUUAAGUCGGCAGUUAGGCAGGUGCUUCUAGCACCGGACUACCUACACACGGAACGCAAACUUGUUCACACAGAUAUCAAACCAGACAAUAUCAUGCAAGAACUCGACGAUCACUCCAUCCUUGACACAUUCGUUCAGACUGAGUUAGAUGAUCCAAUUCCUCGAAAGAUGGUCGGUGAUAGAACGAUCUACCUUUCUCGGCUUUUGGAGCCACCGAGAACGCUCGGCAGAGUCUUAUUAUGCGAUUUUGGAUCCGCUGUCCAGGGAGAAGAGAAAAAGGAAUCAUAA